AUGAAGUUCUCCACCACCACUCUGGCUCUACUUUCGGCUCUAGUUGCCGCCGACUUUGACCCUAACCAGCCCUUUGGUCUGCAGGCCAUCAAGGACGGCUCCGACAUUGACUUUGCGUCGCUAUCCAUCGUCAACGGCGCCCUCUAUAUCAACAACAAGGGCUCUUUUUUCCAGCUCAAAGAUGGAGCCAUUGCCAGUGCCACGGGCCAGAAACUCGACUUUAGCAAGCAGGGUCCGGUCAAGACGGACGACUCCGGCUCUCAGGUGAAAAUCAACUCCGACUAUUCGGUCGAAAUCGACGGCAAAAAGCUCAAGGCGUGCUCGUACCAGGUCGGCUGGGCGGUUGAGGUCGAUUCGGACUGCCAGGGCGGCCAGGAGUUCCAAUUACGAGCUGUUCAGGCGGGUUCGAGUCAGGGAGAGGGAGACGGCCAGUCUCAGGAUCAGUCUCAGGAUCAGACACAGGAUCAGACUCAGUCUCAGUCUCAGUCUCAGUCUCAGUCUCAGUCUCAGUCUCAGUCUCAGCCUUCUGCCACAGGUAGUUCUGGCGACGGAUCCGACAGUUCAGGCUCUGGCUCUGGCUCUGACUCUGGCUCUGGCGCUGGCUCUGGCUCUGGCUCUCCUUCAGACCCUUCUUCCGUCUCUUCUCCUCAGCAAUCUCCUUCAGCUGGAGACUCGGGUUCUGGCUCAGGUUCGGGCUCGGGAACUGCUGCUGGCAUUGGAGCUGCUGGAGCUGCUGGAGCUGGUUCAGGCUCGGGUUCUGGUUCUGGUCCUGGUUCUGGUUCUGGGUCAAACGGCUCUGGAACCGGCUCCUCCCACCCCUGCGCCCAAUGCCCCGGAUGGAACGGACAGCCUCCUCAGAGCGGAGGAGCAAACGGCGGAAACGCCAGCCCCGGCAACCCCAACAAUGGCAACGCCAACAGUACCUCAAACACCCCUCCCGCUCAGGCCAACCCGGCUUCUGUCAAGUCCACAGCCUCAGGUCUUGUUGCUGCUGCCCUCGCCCUUUGUCUUCUUUUCUAG